AUGCGGCUUGACAUAUUGGGUAUGUUGAUAUUGUUGAUCUUUUUACUGUGCGGUACGUGUGCUCAGGAAACUGAUGAUGCCCAGGUUAAAGAGCGGUAUGAGAGCGAGGACAUGUCCGGCGCCGGUGUUGAUGAUGCGAGUAACGAAGAGGGUGGUGAUGGAGGAGCUGAAAGUCGUUACGAAAUGGAAGAACUAGACAAAGACGACGCGAGAAAUACUUCCAUGGAGGGCGAUACCAAGUCUGUUAUCCUUAUCAACCCCAGUCGGCUGUACGACCGCGUGAAGGAGCUGCACGACAUGCUUGCCCAUCAUCGUUUGUACUAUGACCUUCUCUCACGGCAAGACUUCCAUGUGAUUGUAGACGAAGUAACUCGUUUGCCCCAAUACUUCAGCGACCUGCCUUUCCACGACGCAACACUCGCACCUGAUAGCAGAGAGGCCCAACCCUUUGACUCGUACUAUGUGAAAGAAAAAGAUAAAGUGCCCGUUAAUCCUUCUCUCUUUAAGUCAGUGUAUAAGCUCCACCAACAGCUGAGUCAGGCAGAGCCACUGGUGCACAGCGCCGCCUCUGCCCUCCAGGAGGUCAUUCCUCAGUAUCACCUGGAUGAAGAUGCGGCCAUGGACAUGAUUCAUGAACUUCUACCUCAACCAGGCGUCCAAAUGGAAGUUGCCGAUCUUGGGCCACUGACAACUCCGCCGACCAAUUCUUCCUCGUCGCUCUCAGUCAACCCCCAUUCCAGCGAGCACCGCAACGAUACAUCUACUUCAUCUCAGUCAUCCAUCCCUGUUACUAAUUCACCAAUAACGAACCCGCAAGCCACUCCAAUGCCUAUUGAAUCGACAGUCUCCAUCUCGCCUUUUGGAGUUCCAAUAGGCGAUGAAAAACCUGUGGAAACUAUUGCAAGCUCAGGGUCAUCUGUUAACCGAAAUGAGAUCAUACAUGAAAUCAGUGAAAGUCUGUCAAACCAAAUCAAUAUGACUCAGAACAAGACUGAUCUGCCAUCAGGUAAUGCAUCAGAUUCCAAACCCUUAAAUCCAACAAGCUCUCAGAUUAGAGGAAACAGUGGUAUGAAGGACAUUCAAGAGAUAAGUCCCAGUACGUUCUGGUGGAGACCCCCGUUUGGCAACAUCCCCGUAGGCCUAUUGCCUCUUCAUAACAACAGAACGCAAAGCACUAGUGAUGCAACAACACAACGUCCCUUACCUAUUACUGACUGGGUAGUUAAUCCUGACGAGUCUGAACCAUUUGACGAUGAUUUACUCAAGACGAAUGAACAAACAAAUCCAGGUGAAGAGCAAGAAAAGCUUUCUUUCACGCAGACUAAGACAGUAAAUAUCAUCGAGACUUCACCCCUUCACUUAGGAAAUUAUUUCAGUUUAAGACAUCCUCCUCAAAGGGGCUUUCUCGUCCCUGUUGAUGAAGACUUUACCCCAAAGCCAUCCUCUACAGGGUUUGCGCUUCACAAUGUCCCAACUUUAAAUGAUAUGUCUUCUGAAUAUGGUCAGCAAAUAUCUCUCAUCCGAACUCCUACUCUCUCCGUUCAACUCCAAGAAACUCCAUCGGAGCCAUUGAAAGUCCAGCCACUUUUAACAGUGAAGGAUAGUCUUUUCCACCCGUCUCUGUUCUCCAUGCACGCUCCAGUGGGUACGAUUCAGUCUCCUCAAAUCACAGAAGUAUCUAACAGUCAUCAACAAUCCCAGACUGUUUCUUCACUGUUUUCACGUCCAGAAGAGUUCUCAACUAUGUUCUCUUUUUUGUCCCCAUCUACAUCUUCCACGGCGAAUCUCAUUUCUGUUGGAUUAGAACCGUCAAUACACCCGUCACUUUUAUCAUCAUUGCCUCUUCCAUCAAAACCACAGGAAGAUAUCAUUGAUAAACUAAAUAGUAUUCCGUCUCAUGGAUCUUUGUAUCAUGAUUUAGAAACUCCAGUUAUGGAUAAAAAAAUAGAAAAUGCGAAAAUGCCAAUCGAACUCGAAACUGAGGUACCUACUACUGCUUCUCUGAGUGUUCCAACCCACUUAUCCCAGGACUCAAAUCAUCCGUUUUUAUCCAGAGUAUCAGCUAUGCAGGAUUCUCAGUCGCCGUUAUCCUUAGAUGAACAAGAUUUGAAGUCCCAAUCGUCCAGUGUUUGGCAAAUGCACGAACAAAAAGACAGCGGGAAUGGAACGUCUCUGUCGCAGAGUGCACUAGAAAUGAUACUCUCAAUGCAUCAGUCACUCACCACUCAGAGCCCAAGCGAGACGCCACUGUCUAACAAGGGGCACAUAGGCAUGAACUUUUCAAAGAAGUGGACUAAUAUCUCGAGCAUUCAUCAGGACUUUGAUAUUUCCAGUCAAGCAGAUACAGAAGCUCCUUGGAUGCAUCAGGGCUUGGCUUCGUUUUCUCAGGGAACUCUUGAGGAGGACAGCCCCCAGAUAUACUCGAGCACAGAACGCUUACAGCCAGGACAACGACCACCGUCCUUUGCUUCGCAUUAUCAAAAUGCAUCUUCCAGUGCUGACUCAGAUGUCAGUGCCGAAUCGCAUUAUGAUAUCAGUGUCAGUAUAGUCAGCAGAAAUAAGGAUAAUUCUAAUGAGGAUAGUGAUCAGGGAGCUCCAACAAUUAAUAAUCAUGCGGAGUUGUUUUCAACCAUACCAGCAUAUGUCACUACAGAGACUCAGAAUGAGGACAUUCAUUUCGGUAGUCAUCCACAACAAAUAAUUGAUUCAGACUACUACACUUACGAUGACUAUUACUACUAUGAUAAUUACAAUUAUUACGAUUACCCAGCAUACCAAGCACAGGCACCAAUAAGGGGGAGAGCAGAAAAUUCGCCCCCAAAUAUCGAAGUUUCGCUCGACAUCUCAAAAAUUCCGGGCGCCGUCCUGGUGUCAACAGAAGGCCAAGAGGUGCAAGAGUCCGUUCCUGAGGCAGCCUCGCGUUCCACUCUCCGACCACCACCUCGGCGACCUGCUCUAAGGCCCCGUCCAAGACCAGAUGCUAAUAAUAGCAUAAGACAAAGUAUAGGUAAUAACUUACGGCCCCGCCCUAACAGGCCAUUUUUCCGACCAAUCCCCAGCAGAACGAGCUCCAACAAUCCUUUAGGCUUUCCGCGACGACCAACCACGACGACACCGCCUCCUCCACAGGCUAUCGAUCGUCUUAGUCUGUUAAUGUCUCAAGGUGGUACCACUGUGCCUCCCAUCACCUCCACGACUCGCAGUGGUCCAACACGCCAACAGUUACAGGACGCCCUUCAGCUGCUGGUUGCACUACAGGAAAAUUUCAAUGAAGAAUCGACUUCAAGGCCCCCAGCUACCCAAUCGCCAGUUUCAGCAUCCAUUAUUAACCUUCCGAAUCCUCAGAGUUCCGGCACUGGAUUCCAAGUCUCGUUGUCCCAGAGGGUUUCCGGGCAGAACCAGCAAUUUGAGGCUUCUGUCGGUGAGCCAGUGUAUCCUCCAGCGCCACCCCCGUUACCUGGCCCUCCUGGACCAAUCCCUGUCCCUAGCGGAGUCUUAACAGGUGCUCCAAAUCCUGGCAUCACAAACCGGCCAGGGGCUCCUGCUCCUAAUCCCUACCCUGGUUACAGACCUGGAUCUUUCUCACCAUUUACACAUGGUUACCCGGGUUAUCCUUCAUCACAAUAUCCUUAUCCACCUAACCAAUAUCCUUAUUACCCACCUUACCCUCCCUACCCAUACCCAUACCCAUAUCCCCCAUCGAAUAAUGGGUGUCGAGGAGGCGGGGCGUCGACCAGCACUUCAACAGGGCCUGGUUCCGCAGCAGCCGCAGCAGCAGCAGGGGGAGGCUGUGGCGGAGGCUCUACAUCAACAUCCACGUCAGUUGGCCAAAGCGCCGGCGCAGCACCCGGCUCCGUGUCUGUAGGAGGAGGAGGAGGCGCUCCUGCCAAUCCUUCUCCGCCAGCGGCUCCUCAACAAAGCGUAGUUAGCGCUCCAGCACCUCCGCCUAGGGACCCCGCUCCUCCAGCUCCUUCUUCUACUCGUGCGCCGCCCUUCAGCAUCAGCUUUGGCACAGGGUCGACCACGACGGAGGCGCCGGCGGUGUCGCAGGAAGAGUACAAUCACGUAAUUUCAGCUCUCCACACGCUCAUGUCGUACCUGAACCGCACCACCACUCAGUCUAGAGAUAUACCUCUCAUGAAGAUGCCCACGUCGCGCCCCCGUACCACUACCUCCAGGCCGAUAGCUCGCCCUUUCCUCCAUCAUCUGGAUAUCCUUCUGGCAAGGCCGGCGGGUCCUAGACCUCCGGCACCUCCUCCCAGGGCCCCUGGCGUCAGCUUGCCGCAAAACCUUCCUUAUGGCGGCCACAUCGGGCAGGGUCAACACGGGCAGCUGGAGGCCGUCAGGCCCUCGACCACAGCUGCGCCGUCGCCAUUCAGCGUCAGUGUCGACGUCUACGUUCCGAUACUGUCCGAGCUCCUGAGCGGCGGUUCAACGACGCCUUCGCCAGCGGCUGCUGUUACGCAGCCCGUGCUCGUCUUCAGACCCCAGCCUAGACCUGGGCCCUUGGGUGCUGGCGGGGUCUCACGGCGUCCUCAGGGGCAGACUAUCCAAGAAUUAAUACACGACGACCACGACCCCAAGACCUCGACGAGGAGGAAUAGCUGGCCUUCUGCAGAACAUAUUCCGGAGGAACUCCGAAACGACCACCACGCCUCGGACAGUCCCACCAAAGACGUUCACAUCAUCCCCUACCCUUCGCCCCUGCCAGGCUUUGGGUCCCAGCAACAACAGCAGGGCUCGUAUCCGUAUUCGUCGCCCCAGGCAUCCUGUUUUAUCUGCCGCCGUCGGAAAUGGCUCAAUAUAUUUCAGACUUUAAAUAACAGAGGUGAGUCAAAGACUAGCGAGCGAGGAUAUAGUCCUGCAGGAGCUUAA